UUCAUGGAUGGUCAAAGAAUCGUAGACAUAACAAGCAAAUGCCAGAAUCAUGACCAGGAGUCUUCUGUUUAAGUGGAUGGGAGCCCUAUCUUAGUCAGAGCUUGGUCAGAUGAUAGAGGAAGAGGAUGAGAGAUUUAUCUACUUAAUGAAUCUUUGCAGUAAAAGAGAAGGUUUCCAUUGAUUACACUGAGGUUUCCUUUGAUGCCUCCAUAAGUCCACUAAAGAAAGGUUUGACAAACUAUGGCAGUUCAUUAUUAGUUUUUGAAAAGAGAGUGUUUUUCUUUUUUUUUUUUUAAGUUUAUUGAUUUUAGAAAAAAAGAGGAAGGGAAUGAGAGAGAGAAAGAGACAAACAUUGAUUUAUUGUCCCACUUACCAUAUUUUGCCAUGUAUAAUGUGUACUCUUUCACCUAAAUGUUUGAGGGAAAAAUAAGGAUGCUAUUAUACAUUAGUAGUGCUAAUUCCUUACCUGUAUAAAUGUUUUUAUUCUCUUAUUUAUGCUUAUAUGUUAAAAGUGUAGCUCUAGAAAGCAAUAAUGGCAUCUGUUUGCAAAAUAAUACCCUGGAAUACAAUAAUAGGUUUUAUUGAACUUACGUUGAACUUGCAACAAAAGCACUUUUGGCCAAUGAUUCAAUGACAUGAAAUGAAUGGCAGCAUAUUGUUAUCCAUAGAGUAAGGUAAGAUGAUGCUGAUUGUUAUCCACUUGAUAAGAUAGGUGAUGCCAACUUUAUUACCGUAGGGUGAACACUGUGGCAUUUAGGUGGGAGAAACUCUUGGAAAAUUCCUUGGAAAAUGUCAAAAUGGUUUUUGUACACUGCAAGCUUUAAGCUAAAAGUUAUUAAAAUAUACUAAAAAGCAUGGCAACAGUGCUGCAGAGAGACACUUUGGACCUCCUCCCCCAGAGAGUGUCAUCAGAUUGUGGAGGCAACAUGAAGUAAAGCUUCUUCAGAUGCCAGGACAGAAGGCAGUGUUGAGGGAAUCCUCCAAAUGACUGGGGUAGAGCAGAAGGUGAAGGCCUGGAUUCUGCAGAAGCAUCAAACUGGAAUCUCUGUUUUGACCAAGAUAUAUGAGAAGAAGGUUAAAAAAUUGCAUGAGAAAAAAACAUUGAUGAUUUCUCGGGGACCCCUAAAUGGUGCCUUAACUUUAUGAAGAGAGAAGGUUUGAACAUGAGGACAUGAACGAAACUUGCCCCAAAACUUCCAGCAGCCCAUGAGGAUCAAGUUUUGGAAUUUCAUUCUUAUGUAUUCAGUCUUCAAAAGACUUACAAAUUUCAGCUGUCCUAAGUCACCAAUAUGGAUGAGGUCCCACUUAUAUUUUAUGUGCCAUCCAACAGAACUGUGGACAUCAAAGGGGCAAAGACAUGGCUGUCAAAACCAGUGUUCAUAAAAAAACCACAUUUCACUAUUCUAGCCUGUUGUGCAGCUGGGACAAUGCCAUUACCUAUGAUCAUCUUCAAAAGAAAAAUGUUUCCAAAACAAAAGAUUCCAAGUGAAAUUAUUGUCCAUAUGCAUGAAAAAGGAUGGAUGAAUGAAAAAGGCAUGAAAAUCUGGUUUAACAAAGUCUGGUCAUGAAGGCCUGAAGAAUUACUGAAACAGCUUUCCGUGUUUUUGAUCUCUUCAAAGCCCAUGUUAUACAAAGUGCAAAAGCAAUCACAGCAAACUUGAAAACCCAACUUCCUGUGACACCUGGUGGGCAACCAACCAGCUCACUGCAACUUCUUGAUGCGUAGUAAACAAGCCAUUUAAGAAAGAGUGGACAUCGUAGAUGCAGUCAGCUGGUAAUGAUUUAACACCUAUAGGCAGAAUCAAGAUAGCAUCCAUCACCCAAGUUUGUGAUUGGAUCCUAAGUUCGUGUAAGUGUCAAGAAGGAGUGGUUGUGAAAUCAUUUGUAAAAUAUGGCAUCAGUAAUGCUAUAGAUGGAACUGAGGAUGAUGAAAUUUACUAAGAUGAGGAAAGUGACUCUUCAGAAGACACUGGUAAUAAAUUGAAGAGGACAAUACGUCUGAUACUGACUAAUGACUCUUGGCCUUCUAUGAUGUAUAAAUAUCAUAAAUUUGUUACCGGUAUUACAUAUCUUGUAUCUGUUCUUGUUUUUUGUAAUUAUUUUUUACAUAAAAUUUCUUGUACCAUAAUAUAUUAAAAAAUGAAUGCUAAAAUUCCUUUACACUACAAAAUAACAAGUAUCUACAUGUAAAUAAAUAAUUAAAAACGUAAAGUGAAAGGUUUUUUUUUCCCUGAAAGUUUGGGCCAAACACAUGGGUGUGCAUUAUACACAGGAGUGCAUUUUACAUGGCAAAAUAUGGUAUAUAUUUUAAAAGAUUGUAUUUAUUUAUUUUUAGAGAGGGGAAGGAGGGAGAAAGAGAUGGAAAUAUAAAUGUGUGCUUGCCUCUCGCAUGCCCUCUGCUGAGGACCUGGCCUGCAACCCAGGCAUGUGCCUUAGACCAGGAAUCUAACCAGCAACUCUUUCAUCCACAGGCUGGCACUCAUCCACUGAGUCACACCAGCCAAGGCAAAAUAUAGUAUUCAUACAGUCAUUGGUGGAGUCUUGCAUGUACCCUGACUGGAUUGAACCUACAACCUUGGCAUAUCAAGACAAUGCUCUAGCCAACUGAGCUACUCGGUGAAGGCAGAAAGUAAAGGUUUAUUGGAACACAGCCAUGCCCAUUUAUUUACAUAUUGUCUAUGGCUAUUUUUACUCUACCUGUAAUGCCAGAGUUGAGAAAUUGUGACAAAGGCUAGAUGACCAACAAAGCCUUUGAUAUUUUCUAUCUGGCCUAAGAUAUUUUCUCUCUGGCCCUUCACUGAAAAAGUUUGCUAAUUUUUGCUCUCAGGCAUCCAUCCAUUUAUAUUUCUUGGAGCUUUGUGUGAUUUUAUGAAAGAGGCAUAAUGAACCCAGGUAAAUUGUAGGGAGAAGUGCUGAAGGGGGAAAUGUCAACCUCUAUAGCAGCACUGUUCUAUAGAACUCUGCACUUAAGGGAAUGUUCUGUAUCUGUGUUGUUCAUUGUGGUAGCUAUUAGCCACAGAUGGCUGUCACCAUCAGUCUGAGUUUUCCUAUACUAUGCCAUCUCGAUGCUCAGUAGUCAGUCUAUAACAAUGGCACAAUCUUGUAGGCAAAAUUGGCUUCAGUCCUGAAGCCACUAAAUUCAUCCUUGGGCACUUUAAAGAUUGAACUGGGAAUUUGCUCAUUUCCUAAUUGGAUUUUGCCCAGUUCCCACAGAUCAGCAGCUUGCCCUACUCUGCUUACCUUAUGGCAGGAGAGGGUGCUUACUAGUUACCUGCUCCUUUCCCUCUUUCUUACAUGCAUCCCUACCUUCUGUCCCUGGUCCUGCUCCUAUAUCCAAGCCCACUGCAGAGUCUGACUAAGUAUUUGUUAAACAUGGUUUUCUUUUGGAGUGAUCAAAUCAUCUAACCUAUCAUUAGGAUGAAUUUCAAGGAGUACAGAAUAGUUUGAAAGGUGGAGGGAACUUACAUUUAUUAGCUCCGCGGUGGGCACUUUUCAUAAUAUUUUAUUCAGUCUCUGUAACCCAGACAGGUAAUGUCCUCAUUUACAGAUAAAGUUAAAAUCUGAAAACAGUAGAAUAGUGGAACAGGUUUGGAUUUUGAGAUCUAGGCAAGUUUGUUUUCUUAGUUUUUAUUUGUUCCUUUGUCAGGUAGGGUUUUCAGUACCAACUCUGCAGGAUUUUGAGGGGGAGAGAAUAUGCAAAGCACAUUCAAGGCAGGCCGGCCUCAGCACACUAGAAGUGUACAGGCUCUGAAAGGGGCUCUGCCUUUUCCGUCUGUCUCCAGGCUUCGUGCCUGAGUUCCAGUCAGGUGUCCUCAUAUAGAGGUAAAGGGUCAACAUCCGGGCCAUUCCUAACCGACAGCCACCUCCAAACACAAGGGAAGCCGGCUGCCCAGCAACCACCGGUGCCAGGCAUGAUUGGAGGGUGGCUUGAGGGGCAGCGAGUGAUUGGCGUGCUGAGUCACAAAGGGGCGGAGUGUGGUGGUGGAGCGUUGCUGGUCGGUGAGGCCAGGCGUCUGUGUGUCUCCCUUGUAGGCCUGCAGGUGGGCAGGCGAGUGGACCGAAUGGGGAGGGUAUCCGAGACCCAGGUCUGCUGAGCUGCUCUCCCUGCUGCCUCAGUGGGCCGUAGAGAAGCACCUCCCUCUGGACGCAGGGUAGGCGGACCACACCCUCUGGGCCGCUAACUCCCUGGUGACCUACGCAGUGGGCCCGCCUUCGCUGAAGUCAGCCUCCAGUUUACUUGCCCCUUGAGCGCCACGCAGCCGCCUGCCAGACGGGGGCUGGCGCUCCCAGUCGCCAGUUCCGACCCGGAGCCUGAUCUCUGUCCUCCAGAUCAGGCCCCUGAUUCUGCAGAGCCAAAGGUACUAAACUCAAAACAUGAACAAUGAUAUAUAUUACCGAUGUUCAAGUCUGAUUUGGCUUGAACUAUUUAAUAUAAUUGCCUAUUACAUAUUCCCGAGGAUUUAGAAAAGUCAAAGUAAUGGAUAACAGAAAAGAUCCUCCAUUCUUCAAUGAAGAUAAUGUGGGACCAUUUUACUACAAAAUUCCUUUCUAUGAUACCAUGGAGCUCUUCAUUGAAACAUUGACUGGAACAUGUUUUGAACUGAGAGUUUCACCCUUGGAAGCUGUUAUUUCUGUGAAAGCAAAAAUUCAAAGAUUGGAAGGCAUUCCUAUCUGUCAACAGCAUUUAAUUUGGAAUAAUGUGGAACUUGAAGAUGAUUAUUGCUUGAGUGAUUACAACAUUUCAGAAGGCUGUACCUUGAAGCUGGUAUUGGCUAUACGUGGUGGACCUAUAAAUACUAGAAGAGUUCCUAUGGACGAUCCACUUAGGGAGAUGGCUGAGUACAUGGAUUCUAGUCGAGAUGAAGUCUGGGAGAAGACCUCCUACAACAAACAAGUUACAUUUUUGGUAUACCGAGAAGGGGAGCAAUUGAAUUUCUUUCGUGUAGUAGAUAGGGGAGAUGGCACUUUAACACCAUUAUCUGAAUCGUUAAGUGGUGGUUCUGUGUAUAAUUUGUAUACUGAUGAGGAUGAAGAAAUUGAGCCUUCUCCCUCUGGGCAACAGAUAAUUGAAAAUUCAAUAACUAUGAAUAAAAUGAAGCUGCUGAAGGCAAAGAUGGAGAACAUGAAUCUUGGCAAAAAGCCUAAGAAAGCUGUCAAGGUACAACCUCGCCCACCUAUAGCUCCUCGAUCUUCUAGUAGUUCCACCGCAGCUGUUCGGCACAGAUUGUUAAGAGUUCUCCCCCACAUUGGGCAGUCUUGUUUACCUUCUCCUGGGAAUGUAUAUCUGCCUGAAACAUCCUGCAGUGCAAUUUCAAGUUUGACAACUCUGCCCCCUGCUGAUAGACCCCUAACAUCUAUAACUAGUGAUUUUUGUAAGGAAGAUGAUAACUGGGAGAGUAACACACAGUCUCAUUCCAAUGGCAACAUCAAACUACCAACUCAGAUAACCCAUGUGGAGUUCAAAAAUGACAAAGAGUUUGCUGAUUCUAUUCUCCAUCUUGGAUCAUUCCUGCCUAGGCGGACACAACAAUUUUCAGGAAAUUUGUCAUCUAAUAAUGAGGAUGACACUAUUUUAUUUCCAACUUCUGAAGAGUUUGUAACUGAAAAAUCACUUCUACCUGAAGUGGGUUCAUUUGCUUUGUUUACAGAAGGAAAUAUUGAUGAACAGAGCAGCACCUUAGAAGGCACCCGGAAGGUAAAUCCUGAUUUCUUACUUACUAAUGGUGAUAAAGGGUUGAAAGCUACAGAGCAGCACCUUAAACAUGUUGCAAGAGUGUUGAGUGGUGAAUCAGUAGAGACUACAGUUCUCAACAACCAUGAAUUAAAUCCUCACAAGAAUAGACUCAUGUCACCUCUUCACUGUUCUACACCAGUGUCACUCCCUAAUUCUCUGGUGAAACCACAGAGACAGUCCAAAUGCUAUGAGUCUGGGAAUCUCCAGUCUUCUGCUUCACAAAAUGUGAUUCGGUCAUUGGAUGUUCAAAAUAUAACUAAUUCUUAUUUCUCUAGGACUACUCGCUUUCGAACUGUUAAAGUUGAUUCAUCUGGAAAAAGAUCCAAUAUUAUUUCUAAAGUUGAGGCUCGAGACAUCAGAGAAAUGGCUAGCAAGGCUUCCAAAGAGCCUGUUGGCAGUAUAAAUAAUAUAGGUUUUCUUGCUUCGCUGGCCCAGAGUGCAAGCAGAGAAGGGUUACAGAGCACAGGUGGGAUAGGUAGGCUUCGGACCUCUGGAACUGGGCUGUUCACAGACCUCCAGCAUUUUCAAGAAAAAUGCAUUAGGAAAAGUUCUCCCCAGUUAGAACCUACAGAUUUUUUUCUAUCUGCCCGUGGUAUUGGAAUGAGUGGAAAUAAUACAGCAGCAGGGAAAAGAGUAGGCGAAUGUACCCAUCACCUCCCACCUGUGCAAGCCCCUCUUCAAACAAAGAAGAAAACAACAAAGCACUGUUUUCAUUGUGGGAAGAAAACUAGACUGGCUACUAGCUACGAAUGCAGAUGUGGAAACAACUUCUGUGCAUCCCAUCGCUAUGCAGAAACUCAUGGCUGCACUUAUGAUUACAAGAGUGCUGGGAGGAGAUACUUACAGGAGGCAAAUCCUGUGAUUAACGCACCAAAACUCCCCAAAAUUUAACUCUUGCUCUGUACCUAACUGUUCUGGCUGAGGAACCAUAUUAUAAGGACAGACAGAAGAAAUAUUGUUUAGACUGCAUUAAUUUUGUUCUACUCCAAAAGAUUUGCCAAAUAGCAAAAGUAUACAAUGCAUAUUGUUGGAGAAUGAGAAUGCUACUGUAUUUGACAUCUCUAUUCUUUGGUGAAUCAAAAGUUUUAAAAAGUUUUAAAAACUUUAAAGUAGAAUGAUUUUGCUUUGUUAUUGCAUACCUUAUGUUAAAUAUUUUAUAUAUUUCACAUUGCAAUUUUACCAGGCAAGUCUUCAAAAGAUACACUUUACAAAGUUACUAUUGACUAUGUAACCAUCUCCCACAUUGUACAGAAAUGACCUAUCAUAUAAUGGCACUAAUCAAACUUACCACUUUUCUCUGGGGUUAGUGUGGGUGGGGAUUUUUAAAAGAAAAAUUCCACACUUGAAAGUUUAUUCAGUUUAAUAGCAAGUUCCUCAUUAUUUCAUGCUACCUUUUAUAAAAAGAAAGAAAGAACAUUUGAUUUUUCUGAUGUGGUUUUAAUACAUGUAAUUCUUCCAUAUUCAUAUUGGCAUUCAGCUAGGUAUCCACUCUAUAAAACACAUCAUGUUAUUAUAGUACAUAUUUCUUAAAAUACUACCUUUUAAAUGGUAUUUUUAAAAUGGAUGUCCCACUUGUUGCCAUUAAAUUCAGAACCUGACUUUUCACACAUUGAAAAACAAAAUCUCACACAGCUUGGUUUGUUUUUCUUAUAUGUUAAGUACUAUUAUCAGAAGAAAUUCCAAUAAAUAUUAAAUUUUAUUAUGAGUUUCAUUAUUCGAUAAUUUCAAAUAAAUGUAUGACCUUUGUUUUUGCUUAAUCCCUUCACCUUUAUUACCUAGUCCCCCUACCUGCCUACCCUGUGAGAGAGUUCUCUAUCUAUGAGUUUGUUUCUCUUUUGUUAAUUUAUUUUGUUCAUUAGGUACCACAUAUAUGUGGAAUUGUAUGAUACUUGUAUUUUUCUGAUUGGUCUAUUUCACCUAGUAUAAUACUCUGCAGGUCCAUCCAUGCAGUUGCAAAGGGUAAGAUUUCCUUUUUUUUUUUCCCACAGAUGAGUAGUAUUGCCUUGUGUAAAUGUACCAGGACUUUUUUUAUCCACUCAUCCACUGAUGGGCACAUGGGUUGCUUCCAUAUCUUGGUGAUUGUAAAUAAUGCUGCAGUGAACAUAGGGGUGCUUAUGUUCUUUUGAAAAAAAAAUGUUUGUUUCUGGUUCCUCUGGAUAUAUUUCUAGAAGUGGGAUUGCUGGGUCAAAAUCAUAUCCACUUUUGUAUUUUGAGGUACCCAUACUACUUUCUGCAGUGGCUGUACCAGUUUGCAUUCCCACCAACAGUGCACAAGCGUUCCCCUUUCUCCACAUCUUCACCAGCACUUGUUGGUUUUUGAUUUAUUGAUGAUAGCCAUUCUGACAGGUGUGAGAUGGUAUCUCAUUGUGGUUUUUGUUUGCAUUUCUCUGAUACUUAGUGACACUGAGCAUUUUUCCAAAUGUUUAUUGGCCAUCUGUAUGAACUCUUUGGAGAAAUGUCUAUUCUGGUCCUUUGUCCAAUUUUUAAUUGGAUUUUUUUGGUGCUGAGUUUUUAAAAUUUAUUUUAUUGAUUAUGCUAUUAUAGUUGUCCCAUUUUUUCCUCCCCUUUACUCCCUUAUACCCUGCACUGCCCCUCCCACCAGCAUCCCCCCCACUUUAGUUCAUGUCCAUUAGUCAUACAUAUAAGUCCUUUGGCUUCUCCAUUUCCCAUACUAUUCUUUUUUUAAAGAUUUUUAUUUUUAGAGAGCAGAAGGGAAGGAGAAAGAGAGGGAGAGAAACAUCAAUGUGUGGUUGCUUCUCACUGACCCCUUACAGGGGACCUAACCCACAACCCAGGCAUGUGCCCUGCUAGGAAUUGAACUGACAAGCUUUUGGUUCACAGGCCCACCGUCAAUCCUCUGAACUACACCAGCCAGGGCCCCCAUACUAUUCUUAACCUCCUCUUUUCUGUGUUGUACCUAACACUUCUACUUCUUAUUCUCUGUACCUUUUCCCCCAUUCUCCCCACUCCAUGUGAUCUACAUUUCUGUGAUUCUGUUCCUGUUCUAGUUGUUUGUUUAGUUUGCUUUUGUUUUUAUUUUUGGUUCAGUUGUUGAUAGUUGUGAGUUUGUCAUUUUACUGUUCAUAUUUAGG